AUGGCCGACUCCAACUUCUCACUCACAAAAACCCUUGUAGCCUCCGACACCGCCGCCUUCCAGCAGGCUACGCAGUCGACCUUUCUCAGGCGAGCAGCCGAGGGCAAGGUCUCCAAAGAGAUUCUCGGACAAUGGCUCGCCAACGACCGUCUCUACAUCCGGGGAUACAUCCAAGGAAUCGGCAAGACGCUGAGCUUCCUGCCCCUCCCGGAAACAGUGCCGGCCUCGCCACAAGACAGGGAAACAGCAACGACUCGACUCCUGGACUGGCUCAUCGACGCCAUGGUCAACAUCCGCCGCGAAGAAAAAUUCUUUGUCGACACGGCACGCAGAUUUGGCAUCAAUGUCAACCUGCCCGUUGACAAAGACGGCCACGUCUGCGACAGCGUCAAGCUCCAAGGUCUACGCCGCUUCGAGGCGCUCUUUGGCGGGCUCGGCCCCGGCCCCGGCUCCGCGCUGCCAUGGCUAGAAUGCGCAGUCGUCUUUUACGGGACGGAGAGGUGCUAUCUGGAGGCGUGGACUUGGGCCAAGGACCAGCUCGAGCUGGGCGAGGUCGGGGGCGGAGAUGCCGAUGGCGGGGCGCUGCGCGCCGAGUUUAUUCCCAACUGGACGGGAAGCGAGUUUGUUGCCUUUGUCGACCGGCUUGGCAAAAUCCUUGACGAUGCUGUGGUGGAGUCCACUGGAGACGCCGGAGAUGAGGGUGCGGGGAGGAGGCGGGAGGAGCUUGUUGAGCGGUCUCUGGUCAAGUGGCGAGAGCUGCUGGCGGCUGAGAAGACGUUUUGGCCAGCGAUGGAUUUGGAAAAGGAAAAACCACCCCCCGGCCACAUGUCCAACCAGGGUUACUACGGCGGCGGCGGCGGCGGCGGCGGCGGCAGCUACCCCCAGCAGCCGACCUACAGCCAGCAGUCCGGAUACGACGGCCAGCAAGGCGGCGGCCAGCAAGGCUACGGCCAGCACGGCUACGGCCAGCACGGCGGCUAUCCCCAGCAGCAACCAUACAACCAGCAGCAGCCGUCCUACGCCCAGCCCCAGCCGCACGGCUACAACAACCAGUACGACAACCGCGGCCACUCGCCCCAGCCGUCCCAGCAGUACGGCCAGCCUGGCGGUGCCGCCGCCGACUACGCCGCGGGCGCUACGCAGGGCGGCCACGGCCAGGCCGGCCAAUACGCCGCCGGUCCCGCUGGCCCCGAUGGUGAGCGCGGCCUCGGCGCAACCCUCGUCGGAGGCGGCGGCGCCGCCUGGGCUGCCCACAAGGCCGGCGGCGGAUUCUUGGGCACCGCCGGCGCUGCCAUCGCCGGUGCCAUUGGCGCCAACGUCCUGGAGCACGCCUUUGACAAGAAGAAGAAGAAGAAGAAGAACGGGAGCCGUGGUCUGGGCGACGACUCUGAUUGA